GAAAAUAUAAAAACCCCUAAAAUUGUAAGGGAGCUCAUUCAUUUCUGUCUUUCUCCCUCUAUACAUUCUCUGCAUAUAUUUUUUUUUUGUUCCCUUUCUCUGUUGAUAGACAAGAAAGGAAGGAAGAAGGAGGAGGAAAGAAAGAGAGAAAAAUUGAUAAAUAUUAUUACUAGCAGAAAUAAUAUUGAUAUGGGUUGUUUUCGCUGCUCUGGAAAAUCAAGCAAGCGAUCAGAGAGCAGCAUCAAUAGUAGCAAUAAACGCAACGAUCAAACACGACCCACUUCAGGAUCAUUGAAAGUAAAGCCAUGUGCAAAUGUAAACACAGAGGAGGCUCCUAAAAAUGAUCGAUUAUCUUUGGAUGUCAAUCAUUCAGAUUUGAUGGAUGCAGUCACCAAGGACCCAAGAAACAAAGGGAAGCUUGCACAAACAUUUACCUUUGAAGAACUUGCAGCUGCAACAGGCAAUUUCAGGAAAGAUUGUUUCUUGGGGGAAGGAGGUUUUGGCAAAGUUUACAAAGGUUAUUUGGAGAAAAUCAACCAGGUUGUUGCUAUUAAGCAACUUGAUCUAGAUGGCCUUCAAGGUACUAGGGAGUUUGUAAUUGAAGUAUUGACAUUAAGUCUAGCGGAUCACCCAAAUCUUGUCAAAUUAAUUGGAUACUGUGCUGAAGGAGAUCAAAGGCUAUUGGUCUAUGAGUACAUGCCAUUGGGAUCUCUAGAGAACCAUUUGCACGAUAUUUGUCGCAAUAGUAAACCACUUGAUUGGAACACAAGAAUGAAGAUUGCAGCCGGUGCAGCACAGGGUUUGGAGUACUUACAUGAAAAAAUGAAUCCCCCUGUUAUAUAUCGUGAUCUGAAAUGCUCCAACAUUUUGCUUGGUGAAGGCUAUCAUCCAAAGCUAUCUGAUUUUGGCUUAGCUAAAGUGGGACCCAGUGGUGACAACACUCAUGUUUCUACAAGGGUUAUGGGUACAUAUGGAUAUUGUGCGCCAGACUAUGCGAUGACUGGUCAGCUCACAUUUAAAUCAGAUGUUUAUAGCUUUGGGGUGGUCUUUUUGGAGCUCAUCACAGGCAGGAAAGCAAUUGAUGAGACAAAGGACCGUGGUGAGCAGAAUCUUGUAGCUUGGGCGAGACCUAUGUUCAAAGACAGGAGAAACUUUUCACGGAUGGUUGACCCUUUGCUUCAAGGCCAAUAUCCUAUGAGAGGAUUGUACCAAGCUCUUGCCAUUUCUGCAAUGUGUGUUCAGGAGCAGCCUAAUCUGCGACCUGCAAUAACAGAUGUGGUUAUGGCUCUGAAUUACUUGGCUUCCCAAAAAUAUGAGCCAGUAACCUCUCCUCCAGUCCAAGGCUCCCACAAUGUUCCUCCAGUCCAAGACUCCCAUAAUGUUCCUCCAGUCCAAGGCUCCCAUAAUGUUGUUUCCACUGUCUAAUGCGGAAGAGUAAAUAAUGGCCGAUAGUGUUUCUUUCUAGUGUUAAUACACGAGAUGCCUGGUAUCAAUUUUUGUAAUCAUGGGGAUAGCAGGCAGUAGUUUCUUCAUAAGACCCUCUCACACAGGAAAAUUCUGUCUCCC